AUGUUAGAAUGCUUUAAUAACAACAUAUAUCUCUUACUUCUCCCACCACAUACGUCACACGUACUACAACCACUCGAUUUAUCUGUGUUCUCACCCCUAAAAAGUGCAUAUCGAAUCGAACUUAAUAAAUUAAGUCUAUUAUCCGAUUCCUCACCAAUUGGAAAGCGCAAUUUCCUUUCUUGCUAUCAGAAGGCUAGAAUAGAAGGUUUAACUAUUCAAAAUAUCAAGUCUGGGUGGCAAGCUAGUGGUCUUUGGCCCAAAAAUAUGGCUAAACCUCUUAUGAGUCGACUUUUGCUUGAAAAUAGCAAUAGAGAGGUUUUAUCACUUAAUCCUGAAUCUGAUGAUGAUCCUAUUCUUCAAUGGAAUAUAUAUUCAUCGUUUAUUCUAUGGAAAACCCCUCAAAAAGGAGCCGAUAUCAGAAAAUAUAGAGAUAUAAUGAUUCAAGAGAAGGAGAUCGAUUUGCCAACACGAAGAUUACUAUUUCGCAAGAUUAUAAAAGGAUUCGAUGCUAAGGAUUAUGAACUCUUAGAGGCAGAGAAUAAGAUUAGAAAGCUAGAAUAUCAAUUAGAUGAAGCAUUACCUAGAAAAAGGCGAAAGGUUGUGGUAUCUCCAAAUUCGAAGUUCGCAGGGAUUAGAGCUAUAAGGCGUACACAAAUUGAAGCUGGAGAUCGUGAAGAUGAGGUAGAUGAUAGCUCUAGUGCUAUAGAAAGUGAUUCUACAGGCGAUUUCAUUGAAGUUCAAUAG